AUGUCGGGCCAAGUUACGCUGCAAAGCUCCGACCAGGUCGAUAUCACCGUUAAACGUAGCGUCGCUGAGCGUUCCAUGCUCAUUAAGAACCUGCUGGAGGAUUUGGGCGAAUCCGAAGAGCCCGUUCCCAUCCCCAAUGUCAACGAACCCGUCUUGAAGAAAGUCAUCGAGUGGUGCCAGCACCACGAGAACGACCCCCAGAGCACUGGCGAGGACGACGACAACCGCCGACGAACCACAGAGAUUGACGAGUGGGACCAGAAGUUUAUGCAGGUCGACCAGGAGAUGCUGUUUGAGAUUAUUCUGGCCGCCAACUACCUCGAUAUCAAAGCCCUUCUCGACACUGGCUGCAAGACGGUCGCCAACAUGAUCAAGGGCAAGUCCCCAGAGGAGAUUCGUCGAACCUUCAACAUCCAGAACGACUUUACCCCCGAGGAGGAGGACCAAAUCCGCCGUGAGAACGAAUGGGCUGAAGAGUAA